AUGGCAGUAGCAUUGACGAGCACUGAUCACACUGUCUACAGUCUGUUUUACAUUUGGCUUGAAAUACUGCUGUCUCCACAGUUGUUCCACAAAAUCUUAGGAGUAGCUUUUUCCCUGCUCCCGUGCCCUGCUCAAGGUAAACCUGCAGGAAUUCCAUCACUGCUCAGUUUCAUGCACUUGCCUGAAGAUGGGACAGAUCAAAUAUUUGCUACCAAUGGGAAAAAAGCUGAUUUCCAUACUACACUGAAAAAAUGCAAAGAGGCUGGAGGGUCUAUUGCCACUCCAAGGAACCCGGGCAAGAAUGACGCCAUUCUGUACUUUGUGAAAAGUUUUAAUACCUACACCUACCUGGGGAUAAAGGAAUCUCUUAUUCUGAGCAAAUUCCAGUUCCUGGAUGGUACACAGCUGAGCUAUACUAACUGGCAUUUAAAUGAACCUUCUGGCAAAGGGAAAGAGGAAUGUGUGGAGAUGUACGCUGAUGGCACUUGGAAUGAAAAAGGGCGCAACCAGAAUAGCCUUAUUGUCUGUCAGUUUUAG